GCGGUCGAAGCUGGGCCCGUUCUCGAACUAGGACGACCUAAGAAUAGCUCCAGAAGUGAGGAAGCCGAAGAGUGAUGUAUCAGAAUUCAGAAAGCGAAAAAAAAGCACUGAUCCCUUCUGGAUUUUACGAGCCCUAUGUGCUGUCCAUAUUUUCUCCAUACGUGGAGUUCCCAGCGGCUCUUCGUUACCUGUCGACAAACGGCCCCGUUUCACUGUUCAACUUGCUCCCAAUCCGCCAACUUGCAGACUGCGAACCAGGGAUCCCUGCGUGCAAAGCGCACACUUGAUGCAAGAUCAUAUCUAUCUGGCCUUUAUUGGUCUUUAUUUGCCCCCUUCUUUCAUGCUGCUGCGCUCCAGCACUCUCAAUGGGGUUCUCCGGCGUUUCAGCAUUCGCUGGGGUUUGCCGCGUCUCCCACCUAGUAUGGUUAAAGACCUGGAACGAAGGAGUUUUAUUGAUUAUUCUCUUAUGCGCAUGUCCAAGCGCCACCAAUUCUGGCUGGCUCGUGCUCGGUUUUGAAUCCUGGACUCCAAUAUGCUUAGUGCUAACCUUCGUCAUUCGUGGGUUACCGGGCCGGGUCUGGCAUACCCCUCUGAGAGGUACACCACGCCGAUCUUCGGCCUGGCAUAACAGUGACAGUGCGUAUACAUUCAAGCUCAGGGCUCCAAGGCCAGUUUUGCAUCUAAAGUCACAGCUUCAGUCCUAUCUGUUAAUCUAUCAUUUCGCACCAUUCAUCUUUAACCCACGUUCUGGCGAACUGAACACUCGAGAGAGGCCUUGCAGUGGCCAAUGCAAGCUUCGAACUCCUCUAAUCCAGCGAUCUAUGAUCAACUGACCAUUGUUCUUCGGACCCCGCACCCCCCGGUGUGUACUUUGAGUUCCUUCAUCCUCGAGAGUCCAGACCGAACUAAGGUUUAUU